AAAAAGACACACACAAAAAAAAAAAAAAAAAAGAGAGAAAGCGGAGAAUUGCCCAGACUGGGCACGUGGCCAGAUAUGGGGGCACAGUGUUGGGAGGAGUAAAACACGAUGCUUAGGUCUGGGUUCCUGGGAUGGAGAUGGCGCUGUGAAGAGAACAGAGUAGGUCUGGGAAGAAUAGGUUUGGAGCAAGUCAUGGAGGGUUUGGCAGUGGUCCUCCUGAUUCUUGAGAUGUCACUAGGCAUGGUGGCGUCCUGUUGAACAAUUAGAUGUGUCCCACAAAGAGUUAGGACCCUGGAGCUUGAGAAACACUUGACAUCCGGCUCGGCUGGAUGUGGAGACUUGGGACCAGCUCGUAGAAGUGAUGAUGAAAGCCUGUGUAAGAAGGACGUUGUCAUGGCAAAGCAGAGGAGAGCACAGGGCUGUGGCCUUGUUUGGGGGUUAAUUUCCGGAGGUAAACUAAGACUCGGAGACAUGGGAGGGAGCUCCGAAAGGGGUGUCAGAGGAGGGCACUGCUUCCCAACUGCUAGGGCGCGGGCUGGGAGGUGAGGGAGUUUUCCAGACCCGCAGACGGGCAAAGUUUUCUUUGUUUUUUCUUCAUUUUUUUCACUUUGCAUAUGGAGUCCCCAGGCCAGGGAUCAGAUCAAGCCAUAAUUGUGGCCUAAGUGGCAAUGCCGUAUCCUUAACCCACUGUGCGAGGCCGGGGAUUGAACCUUUGACCCAGGCUUUCCAAGAUGCCGCUGAGCCCGUUGCCCCACAGCGGGAACUCCUGGCAAACAUUUUUAUACUGACAAUAUCUCCUGCUGGCAGGAAUGCUGGGGCAAGGCCGGCUUCCAGGGUUGCUGGUGGGAAUAGCCACUGUGGAAAGAGUUCUGGCAGAGUCUAUUAACAUUCAAAACGCACGGGGCCUUUGACCCAGCUAUGCCUCCCCCGGGAACUCUACCCCAGAGAAAGCAAAGCCGCUGUGUGUCAUCUGUUUGUUCAGGAAUAUUUAUGACAGCGUUGUUUGUAGUGGCAAAGAACUGGAAACUAAGUGGAUGCUUUCAGCAGGGAAAUAGUUGGAUAAAACGUGGCCCAUCCACGCCUUGGAGCUCUCUACCCCUUGUCUUGGAAGCAUUCCCACGAGAAAAGACGAGGCAGAGAACCAUGUCUGAUUGUGCAGAAUAUAAAAUGAUAAAACCCUUGUGCGUGUUGUCUCUGAGAGCGCUGUUUGCUAUGAGAAGUCGAUAUCGUGAGAAGAGACGCAGGGGAGUGAGUAAGAAACACGGGUACUGACACGCUGUCCAAGAUGAAACAUCAUGAAAAAUCACUCGUGUGUUGAUGUGUAGACAGAUGUUGCAGAAGGAUGGUCGCCAGGACGUGACAGGGCUUUGUGCUUGAAUGAGCGAUCUCGUCUUGCGGAUGAAUGAAUGGUUACGCUAAGAGUGGUCCAUACCUCCUCGGGGAUCAUUUCAUGGACUCCCUGCCCGUGCUCGUUAACCAUGCUGCCUUGCUUCCAGGACCCUGGCAAGUCAACUGACCAUUAAUCUCCCUCCGCGCACAACCUAGACCGCAGGUUAAAAUGGGGAACUCUGAGAGUCAGUACACCCUUCAAGGAUCUAAAAAUCAUAGCAAUACUAUUACUGGUGCUAAGCAAAAGCCCUGCUCCCUGAAAAUCCGUGGCCUUCAUGCAAAGGAUGACAAGUCACUGCAUGGAUGGGGUCAUGGAAGCAGCGGAGCUGGGUACAAAUCCAGGUCCCUGGCCCGAAGCUGCCUUUCUCACUUUAAGACCAAUCAGCCUUAUGCAUCCCGACCGGGGGGCCCUACGUGCAAAGUCUCCAAAGGCAGUGCCUACUCCAAGCACAGGACAAGUGCCUCAGGAUCUGAUUUCCAGGGCAACGAUGCUGCUUUCUCCCCCGACAACGGUUUCCACUAUGUCGGGCACCCACCAGCAGAGAACCACGCGGCCUCCAGGGACUGCAACGGGCAUCUUCUCAACUGCUACGGCAGGCAGGAGAGCGUGGCGUCCACCCCGCCCGGCGAGGACCGCAAGAGCCCCAGGGUGCUUAUCAAGACGCUGGGCAAGCUGGAUGGGUGCCUGCGGGUCGAGUUCCACAGCGGUGGCCCGCAGGCUGCGGCGGCCCCGGGGGCCUCGGGCGGCCCCGUGCAGCUGUUGCGCUACUCGGCCGGCUCGCCGCCCAGCCCGCGCGCCUCCCCGGCCGCCGCGCGCCCGCGCUCCAGCAAGGGCAGCUCGCUGAGCUCCGAAUCCUCCUGGUACGACUCGCCCUGGGGCCCGGCCGGCGAGGUCAGCGAGGCCGAGGGCUCCUUCGCGGCGCCCGGGACGCCCGAUGGCGAGCCGGAGCCCGAGCCCGAGCCCGAGCGUGGCCUCCACGCCGGCUUCCCGCCCAGGGAUGCUCCAAAGCCUUUCAGCCAAAGCGCCUCCCUCUCGUCCCUGCGCGAACCCUACCGGGACCCCAUCCUGGGGAGCCUGGCCCCCGCGGCCCUGCGCCUCUCCGAUGACUACAUGGGCCCGCGCGCCAGCCUCAGCGCCCGCGUCUCCUUCGCCUCCGACAUGGACGUGCCGGCCCGCGUGGAGCGCGGGGAGCCCGGGCAGUUCGCGUCCUUCACGCUGCCCUGCCGCAAGUCCCGGGCCCUGAGCGAGGAGCCCUCCAAGAAGGACACCCUGAAAGCCAGGAUGCGCCGCAUCAGCGACUGGACGGGAAGCCUCUCCAGAAAGAAAAGGAGACUCCAGGAGCCGAGGUCCAAGGAGGGCAGUGACUACUUUGACAGCCGCUCAGAUGGGCUGAACGUGGACAUGCAGGGACCUUCCCAGGCAUUGGCGUCCCUGUGGUCAGGGGGCUCGGCGCACAUCCUGUCGCACAGAAGCGAAUCCGCCCUUGCGAUGGGCAGCGAUCCCCUCCAACAGAACAUUUACGAGAACUUCAUGCGAGAGCUGGAGAUGAGCAGGACCAGCACGGAGAACGUGGAGACCUCCACAGAGACCGCCGAGUCCAGCAGCGAGUCGCUCAGCUCUUUGGAGCAGCUGGACCUGCUCUUUGAGAAGGAGCAGGGAGUGGUCCGCAAAGCCGGGUGGCUCUUCUUCAAACCCUUGGUCACGCUGCAGAAGGAGAGGAAGCUGGAGCUGGUGGCGCGGAGGAAGUGGAAACAGUACUGGGUGACGCUGAAAGGAUGCACACUACUGUUUUACGAGACCUACGGGAAGAAUUCCACGGAUCAGAGUGGUGCCCCUCGGUGUGCCCUGUUUGCUGAAGACAGCAUAGUGCAGUCCGUCCCCGAGCAUCCUAAGAAGGAAAACGUCUUCUGCCUCAGCAACUCCUUUGGAGACGUCUACCUUUUCCAGGCCACCAGCCAGACGGAUCUGGAGAACUGGGUCACGGCCAUCCACUCUGCCUGCGCCUCGCUCUGCGCCAAGAAGCACGGCAAGGAGGACACGGUGCGGCUGCUCAAGAGCCAGACCAGAAGCCUCGUGCAGAAGAUCGACAUGGACAGCAAGAUGAAGAAGAUGGCCGAGUUGCAGCUGGCGGUGGUGAGCGACCCAAAGAACAGGAAGGCCAUAGAAAACCAGAUCCAGCAGUGGGAACAGAACCUGGAGAAAUUUCACAUGGAUCUGUUCAGGAUGCGCUGCUACCUGGCCAGCCUGCAGGGCGGAGAGCUGCCGAACCCCAAGAGCCUCCUUGCAGCCGCCAGCCGCCCCUCCAAGCUGGCCCUGGGCCGGCUGGGUGUCUUGUCAGUUUCCUCCUUCCACGCUCUGGUAUGUUCCAGAGAUGACUCUGCUUUCCGGAAAAGAACCCUCUCACUGACCCAGCGAGGAAGACACAAGAAGGGCUUGUUUUCUUCAUUAAAAGGGCUGGAUACACUUGCAAGAAAAGGGAAGGAGAAAAGACCGUCCAUAACACAGAUAUUUGAUUCAAGUGGCAGCCAUGGAUUUUCUGGAACUCAGCUACCUCAAAACUCCAACAACUUCAGUGAGGUGGAUGACCUGCUGCACAUAUACGGGUCCGCCGUAGAUGGGGGUCCCCGAGACGGCACGUGGGAGAGCCAGACCGACAUCCACUUUCACGACCAUCAAGCCGUGACCCUGACAAUCAAGCCGGAGCACAGAGUGGAAGACGUUCUGACCUUGGCCUGCAAGAUGAGGCAGUUGGAACCCAGCCACUAUGGCCUUCAGCUUCGAAAAUUAGUGGACGAAAACAUUGAAUACUGUAUUCCUGCACCGUCUGAGUAUAUGCAAGAGCAGGUUUAUGAUGAAAUAGAAGUCUUUCCGCUAAAUGUUUACGACGUGCAGCUCACGAAGACGGGCGGCGUGUCUGACUUCGGGUUUGCAGUGACCGCACAGGUGGAUGAGCAUCAGCAUCUCAGCCGCAUAUUCAUAAGCGAUGUUCUCCCUGACGGCCUGGCGUACGGGGAAGGGCUGAGAAAGGGCAAUGAAAUCAUGACCUUAAAUGGGGAAGCCGUGUCUGAUCUUGACCUCAAGCAGAUGGAGGCUCUGUUUUCUGAAAAGAGCGUUGGGCUCACUCUGAUUGCCCGGCCACCGGACACAAAAGGGACUCUGUGCUCUUCCUGGUCAGACAGUGACUUGUUCUCAAGGGACCAGAAGGGUCUGCUGCCCCCUCCUAACCAGUCCCAGCUUCUGGAAGAAUUCCUGGAUAAUUUUAAAAAGAAUACAGCAAAUGAUUUCAGCAAUGUUCCUGACAUUCCAACUGGCCUGAAAAGGAGUCAGACUGAUGGCACGCUGGAUCAGGUUUCCCACAGGGAAAAAAAGGAGCAGACGUUCAGGAGUGCUGAGCAGAUCGCCGCGCUGUGCAGGAGUUUCCACGACACCCAGCCCAACGGCAUGGAAGGACCAAGCGAGGGUCAGGACCCACCCCCGAGGCCGCUGGCUCGCCACCUCUCGGAUGCAGAUCGCCUCCGAAAAGUCAUCCAGGAGCUCAUGGACACGGAGAAGUCCUAUGUGAAGGAUCUGAGCUGCCUCUUUGAUUUAUACUUGGAGCCACUUCAAAGUGAGACCUUCCUUACCCAAGACGAGAUGGAGUCGCUUUUUGGAAGUUUGCCAGAGAUGCUUGAAUUUCAAAAGGUGUUUCUGGAGACUCUGGAGGACGGAAUUUCCGCGUCAUCUGACUUCAACAUACUUGAAACCCCCUCGCAGUUUCGGAAACUACUGUUCUCCCUUGGAGGCUCUUUCCUUUAUUAUGCGGACCACUUUAAGCUGUACAGCGGCUUCUGCGCUAAUCAUAUUAAAGUGCAGAAGGUUCUAGAGCGGGCGAAAACAGAUAAAGCCUUCAAAGCCUUUCUGGACGCCCGGAAUCCCACCAAGCAGCACUCGUCCACGCUGGAGUCCUACCUCAUCAAGCCAGUUCAGAGGGUGCUCAAGUACCCCCUACUGCUCCGGGAACUGGUGUCCCUGACGGACCACGAGAGCGAGGAGCACUAUCACCUGACAGAAGCACUAAAGGCAAUGGAAAAAGUUGCAAGCCACAUCAAUGAGAUGCAGAAGAUAUACGAGGAUUACGGGACGGUGUUUGACCAGCUAGUAGCAGAGCAGAGCGGAACGGAGAAGGAGGUCACAGAACUUUCAAUGGGGGAACUUCUGAUGCACUCGACCGUCUCCUGGUUGAAUCCAUUUCUGUCUCUAGGAAAAGCCAGAAAGGACCUUGAGCUCACAGUAUUUGUUUUUAAGAGAGCUGUCAUCUUGGUUUAUAAAGAAAACUGCAAGCUGAAAAAGAAAUUGCCCUCCAAUUCCCGGCCUGCACACAGCUCCGCUGACCUGGACCCGUUUAAAUUUCGUUGGUUGAUCCCCAUAUCUGCGCUUCAAGUCAGACUGGGGAACACAGCAGGGACGGAAAAUAAUUCCUUGUGGGAGCUGAUCCACACGAAGUCGGAAGUAGAAGGACGGCCAGAAACCAUCUUUCAGUUGUGCUGCAGUGACAACGAAAGCAAAACCAACAUUGUCAAAGUGAUUCGAUCUAUUCUGCGGGAAAACUUCAGGCGUCACAUAAAGUGUGAAUUGCCUCUGGAGAAAGCAUGUAAGGACCGCCUCGUACCCCUGAAGAACCGCGUUCCUGUCUCAGCCAAAUUAGCUUCAUCCAGGUCCUUAAGAGUGCUCAAGAAUUCUUCCAGCAGCGAGUGGCCCGGAGAGCCGGGCAAGAGCAGCUCGCUGGACUCGGAUGAGGGCAGCCUGAGCAGCGGCACCCAGAGCAGUGGUUGCCCCCCGACCGGGAGCCCACACGAUGCCCAGAGACAGCCCCACGCCGGCCUGGCGGACCUCUCUGACAGCCUCAUCAAGGAGAGCGACAUCCUGAGCGACGACGAGGACGACUACCAUCAGGCUCGGAGGCAGGGCAGCCCCACCAAAGACAUCGAGCUUCAGUUCCAGAGACUGAGGAUCUCCGAGGACCCCGACGCCCAUCCGGCCGAGCAGCAGCCCAGCAAGGACAGCCCGCAGCCCAAGCUGGUCCGGGGGCACUUCUGCGCCAUCAAACGGAAAGCCAACAGCACCAAGAGGGACAGGGGAACUCUGCUGAAGGCGCAGACUCGUCACCAGUCCCUGGACAGUCAACCUGAAAGUGCCAACCUUGACUUCAGCUCUGUCCUCGAGCGAGAAUUCAGCGUCCAGAGCUUAACAUCGGUGGUCAACGAGGAGUGUUUUUACGAGACAGAGAGCCACGGCAAGUCCUAGUACAGUUCCAAUCCAGAGAUGGCGCCACUUUUAAACUGGUGGUGAAAUGGAAAUUGCAGAAAAACUGUUCAUGAUUGGGUUCUGUGCAGUAUACAUUUUCCCCCAAGUAGCUGUAAAGAUUUAAGUUAUUUUAAUUUAUUGUGGAUCAGAAAACUAGAUUAAACUGAUCAGAAUUUGUAAAUGACUUACUUUACUUUAUAUCCCUUUUGAGCAGGUAUCAAAAUGACUUUGAAUCCUAAACAUCAAACUGAAUUCUAAUUAAUUUAUGUGGAAAAAGGUAGGAGGUUGUGAUCAAUAGCUUUUAAAAGCUCUCUUUUUUUUUCCAAUUCUCUGGGCAUUUUCUUUGAGCUGUUAGAUUUCGCUUUAUUUAAAGCGUAUUUAAAUUAUUCUAAUGUGGGUUAGGGGUUACCCUGUGCAGAUAUUUCAUUUUUGUAAGGUUGUAACAGAUGCUGUUUAUACUAAACAUGUCAUAUCUAUGCAGUAUGUAUAUUAAAAGAAAGCUUGUACUGUA